AUGAAAUGGUUCCUGAUAUUAUCCAUUAUAGCAAUUUCAAUUCACGUCCAAUUCAUAUGGGGUCAGAUACAUUUUUACACGCCAGCAGGAACUAAAACAUGCUUUAAUCGAGAAUUGGUCUCGAAUACUCUACUAAUCGGCAAGUUUAAGAUGGAUAUAUUGGAACCUUCUCUGGGGCAGUACGUACGACCGGUCGAUACGGAAAACACUGGAAUGUUGAUUGACGUGGAGGAAAAAUUCGGUGGAAAUCAUAAAGUGGUUCACCAGAGGGCACUGAACUCGGGCCAAUUCACCUUCAGUGCUCUAGAUUCUGGUGAUCAUAGCAUAUGUUUUACCCCAAAAAGCUUUAUAAAACCGAAGAAGAAAUUGCUAGAUAAGAUUUGGAAUGGAGAUCGGGCCAAUAGUGAAGACACCAGCGAAAAGUCUGAUCCAAAAUUUACCAAAGUCAGACUCUCCGUUCAUUUUGAGAUAAGAGAUGGCUCAUUCAUAGACUCCAGGCUGGCAGGAAAGGUAGAAUCUCUCGUGCAACAAGUUAAUAGUUUGAAUGAUAAAUUAAUAGAUAUCAGAAGAGAGCAGAUCUUCAUCCGAGAGAAGGAAUGGAACUUUAGAGAUCAGUCUGAAAGGACUUGUGAUACCGUGGUAAAAUUUCUAAUAAUUCAAGGUAUUGCAACCCUAAUUACCUUUUUGUAUCAAAUUGUAUCCUAUAGGAAGCUUUUCAAGAAGGAAAAGGAAAAGAAAGACUAG